AUGAAGGGAGACAACGAGGUGUCCAAAAAGAAAAGAACCUUCCGAAGGUACACAUACAGAGGUGUUCCAGUGGAGGAGCUCGAAAAGAUGCCCUUCAGCGAGGUUGCAAAGCUUUUUCCAUCAAGGCUCCGCAGGAGAGUCAGAAGGGGCCUUUCUUCGCGCGAGGUGGAGCUGAUCAAGGGCUGCAUUGCAGCAAAGGCGGCCUGUGUUUCUAGUAGCAGCAAGCCCGAGAUGGUGCGCACCCAUGCAAGAUCUGCAAUUAUUUGGCCAGCCAUGAUUGGUGCGCUGGUUGGGGUCCAUGUCGGAAAUGGAUAUCUGCCGGUUGAGAUUAAGCCCGAGAUGGUUGGAUUUGUUUUGUCCGACUUUGCUCCAACCAGAGUCACUCCGAAGCACGGCAGGCCUGGAAUAGGAGCAAGCUCUUCUUCGAAGUUUGUUCCGUUGAAAUAA